UCCAGGGUUUUCCUGCUGCUAAGGUGAGUUGAACCAUCAGUGUCAGUGGACUCUCAGGUUUAGUAUCACUGAUCAUCAUUGAUCAUUGACUCUGGUCUCUGUGUUGAACUGAUCAGGUUUCUUUUUUCUCUCCUUCUUCUCCAGAUGCCCCGCGCCAGGGGACACCGACGUGCCCAGGCCCUGAGACGCAGGACGGCGCAGUCCCAGGACUGGAGUCCUGCACCUGCCGUCCCGGAGUUCGUGGCCCGGCGUGGCACGGGCUUUCGGCACCGCGUGCGGAGAUGGCCAACUUCCAACCUGACCGGGAAGCCCUGCAAGUUGGUCACUCCUGCCUGGGAUGGACAGAAGAAGAUGGUGUUCGUCGUUGGAGCCUCGCACCUGAGGGCCAUCGUGGACGGGUAUGUAGCCGUGCCCGAGGGAGAUCUGCGUUUCUCUUUUCUUUCUGUUCCAGGUGCAGUGGGCUCCCAGCUGAGGAUGGAGCUCCUGCAUGCUGACCUGCCCUGGACCCCGGACGCCGUGUGCGUGUGCGCCCCCAGCAACGACCUUGUGUCCCGGACUGUGGACAAGGCGGCCCUCGACUUCUGUGCUCUCCUGACAACGGCCUGCAGCUCCUGCCCCAAGGUGUUCGUGCUGGACUUCCCUCCACGCCUGAACAUCGAGCCGGGCCUUCAGGAGCUGCUGCGUCAGGAAUACCGCCGUGUCGCAGCACGCAUGGGUGUCCCGUACGUGCCUGUGGCAGAGCACUUCCCCCUGCAUCGGUUGCAGCUGUGGUGCCCCGACUCGGUUCACCUCAGCGACUCCGAUGGCAUGACGGUUCUGGUUCAGCUGCUGUGGGACGCCGCUUCCCAGCAGCUGGCGCCUCCUCCGCCCCGGCCACCGGCGCCUCCCCGGGCGCCGCCGCGUGCCGGGGCCGCUCCCAGGCUGGUGGUGACUGGACACGCCCCUGUGCCCCGUCACUGCGACCCCUGGGAGUGGAGCGUGGUUGGACAGGGAGGCAAGGCUGCACUCCCGGUGCGACCCUCUGCCAUCCCAUCCAACCCGGUGUGGUUCAGCGGGGCCAUGUUGGACGCCAUGGAGAAGGUGUCCCCUUCUUCUGGCUCUGAUGGCGGCCCCGCUGUCCCGCCAGCUGGCCAGACCUCCCGUGUGGUGCGUCGGCCAGCAGGUGUUGCCAGGAGGCGCAGAGGAGGAAAGCGGCAGGUGCUGGCAACACCGUCACCUGCCCCUGAGCCCAUCCCUGCCUCCCGCCCCAGCCCACCAGUCCCCCCGGCGGAGGCAGCAACCCAGGAGGUGGUGGAGGUGUUGCCCCCGACCGCAGGCCCGGUUCCAGCGGCGGUCGGGGAGGAGGGUCCUGCUGCGUGCCCUGCCCUGCCGACGGAGCGACGCCUCUUCCCCGCAGCUAAGUGUCCCGUUCCCGAGCGUUCCCGGUCAGGCCAGUCAGGUGUUGGUGUGAGCGCAGCGAGGCCAGCAGCAGUGGUUGACGUCAGGACGGGGAUCAGGCUCCAGAAGGUUGUGCAGGGAUCCUUCCACCAGGGCAACCAGAGGUUUAGCAACGCAGGGAAGCAGUGCAUGUCUAUAGCUGCAUUCAGCUUAGCCAGACACACAUUGAACAGUGUGUUCUCGUGGGGGAGGCAGGACCUUGACGAUGUCUUGGUUUGUGGUGAUGCACUGUACACCACGGCGAUGAGCCGCGAUGGCUUCCAGCCGAGCUCAGAGUUCCUGUGCGUGACUGAACUGCCAAAGCAGAUCCAGGUGGAUGAGCAGGUGCUGGAGUUUACUCCUGGCUCCACUGUGAUGGGUGACCUGCAUGUGUCUGAAGGUCAGCUCAUCGAUGCCGGUGUGUUCUACACACUGAGGAACGGCCUGCACACCAUCUUCAGUCAGUACAGCAUGUGUAUGCUGACAUUAGGCAGCAACACGACCGCCGUCAUCAGUGAGAAUGGACGGUUUGCUGUGGUGGACAGCCAUUCACGUAGUCGUGUUGGCUUGUUGCACCACAGCGGCAGCAGCGUGCUUCUGCAGUUUGCGUGUCUGGACGACCUGCACCACUACAUCCAACGGUUGGCCGACAGCCUGAUUUCAGGCCAGCAGCUGUUUGAGCUGUGUGGCAUUACUGUGGGUGGGGGUGCAGGUCCAGCGCCGUCUGGUGUUCCUCUGGAGAGUCACGUCUCUGAGACGAGUUCUGCUCCAGCACCAGAGUCCCCUGAGGACACUGAGAGCAGAACACCGGCUGAGGCUCCUGCAGGCUCUUGUGUGUCUGAGAGUGGUGCUGGUGUUGCUGCCAGUCCGGCGCUGUCUCGUACUUCUGUGGAGAGUCCUGUGUGUGAGAGAAGUGUUGUCGUGCCGGUGGAGGGAUCACAGAUUGUCGGAGCCAAGUCUGCUGUGUUUCCGAGGGCAGAGCCCGUUAAGUCAGGUGUUUUGAGUGUAGCUGGUCCAGCAGCAGUGGUUGAUGUGAGGACAGGGAUCAGGCUGCUGAAGGUUGUCCAGGGAUCCUUCCAUCAGGGCAGCUCCAGGUUUAGCAAUGGGGGGGUGCAGUGCAUGGCGAUAGCUGCUUUCAGCUUAGCCAGACACACUUUGAACAGUGUGUUCUCGUGGGGGAGGCAGGAGCUUGAUGAUGUCUUGGUCUUGGGUGAUGCUUUCUUCACCUGGGUGAUGGGCCGCCCUGGCUUCAGGCCUUGGUCGUCUUUUCUGUCCGUGACUGAACUGCCAAAGCAGAUCCAGGUGGAUGAGCAGGUGCUGGAGUUCAGUCAUGGCACCACUGUGAUGGGUGACCUGCAUGUGUCUGAAGGUCACCUCAUCGAUGCCGGUGUCUUCUACACCCUGAGGGACGGCCUGCUCACCAUCUUCAGUCAGUACAGCAUGUGUCUCCUGACCAUGUGUGCCAACACGACCGCCAUCAUCAGUGAGAAUGGAUGGUUUGCUGUGGUGGACAGCCAUCCACGUAGUCGUGUUGGCUUGUUGCACCACAGCGGCAGCAGCGUGCUUCUGCAGUUUGCGUGUCUGGACGACCUGCACCACUACAUCCGUCGGCUGGCCGACAGCCUCAGUUCAGGCCAGCAGCUCUUUGAGCUGUGUGGCAUUACUGUGGGUGGGGGUGCAGGUCCAGCGCCGUCUGGUGUUCCUCUGGAGAGUCACGUCGCUGAGACGAGUUCUGCUCCAGCACCAGAGUCCCCUGAGGACACUGAGAGCAGAACACCGGCUGAGGCUCCUGCAGGCUCUUGUGUGUCUGAGAGUGGUGCUGGUGUUGCUGCCAGUCCGGCGCUGUCUGGUGUUUCUGUGGAGACUCACGUCACUGAGAUGAGUUCUGCUCCACCACCAGAGUCCCCUGAGGUCACUGAGUGCAGGACUGUGGUUCAGGCUCCUGUAGACACUGGUGUCUCUGAGAGUGGUGUUGUGGUUGUUGCCAGUCCAGCACUGUCUGGAGUUUCUCUUCAGACUCUUGCCAGUGAGGUGAGCAGUGGUUCAACUGCAGAAGCAGUCAUUACUGAGGGCAGGAAGCGUAAGAUUUGUUCUGACACUCGUUUGUCAAAGAGGUCAAAGCGCUGCAGUGCUGCUGAGCUUGAUGCUGAUGUGGAGUUUGUUGCUGCUGUGAGGAACGAGGAGCUGGUCUUCCGUCCUCUUGAUGCUGAUGUUUGUAGGGCUUUGUGUAGCAGGUUGUGUGUUGACUGUGAGCGGGUCAGUGCUUCUGCGUCCAGCCAGGUUGGUUUGCUGGGUGUUCCUUGCAGGAAGGAGAGGGUAGUGGCCGAUGGGAACUGCUUCUUCAGAGCCAUCUCUCAGGCUGUGAGUGGCUCUCAGAAGCACCAUCGUAAGAUCAGACUGGCUGUCUGUAAGCAGCUGGAGAAAGAGGCAGCUCAGUACCAGGGCUUGUUGAGGACUGAGUUCUCCUCUGUCUCCCAGUACAUUCAGCAGUCUAGGAUGAGGUUCGUGGGGAGUUGGGCCACAGAAGUGGAAAUCCAGGUUACGGCUGACUGGUUAGGUGUUGGUGUGUGUACUUUCACCAAUGGACGCUGGUUGAAGUACAGUUGUAGCAGGAAGCAGUUGUCGCCUCAAUGUAUUCAUUUGGAGAAUAUUGGUGGGACUCAUUUUGAGAAUGUUGUCUGUGUUUGUGAGCCUGGACUGCAGAGCUGUUAUGGUUAUUGUAAAGUGAGUCAGGCGACCGGCUACAGCACCAGGUUGAGGAUGACGGAGGCUCCAGUUGUGGAUGCCGGUAGAUCGGUCGUUGAAUGUGAGGUGGAUGAUGGAAUUAUUGCUUGUGGUGAGGCUGUAGAUUGUGUUCGUCAGAGUACACCUGGUGUGUGGCAGUUAAAGUCGAAGUAUCUGAAGGAUAAAAAAUGGAGACAGGAGAAAAUGAAUGUGUUGCUCAGGCAGAAACGUAGAGAAACUUUCAGGAAGGCAUAUCAUAAAAGUAAAAUCUUCAAGGACAAGGAAAUGUCUCGGAGUGUCAAAAAAUAUUCUUACAACAUUUUGCAUAGGGAGAGAGUUAAAAGAAUGAGUAUCCAUAAAUAUAGAGACAUUGCUGACCAUAGAGAGCGGGUGAAAGGGAGUAGUGUCACUAAAUAUAGGAAAAACGUGCAACACAGGGAGAAGGUUAAGCAGAGUAAGUAGUGUGACUAAAUAUAGGACAGACCUGCAACAUAGGGAGAAGGUUAAGCAGAGUAAGGUGACUAAAUAUAGGACAGACCUGC